AUGUCAGACUUAGACAGUCAAAUUGAACUUCUCAAACAAUGUGAAUACAUCAAAGAAGCUGAAGUUAAAGAUCUAUGCGCAAAAGCAAGAGAUUUACUCAUCGAAGAAAGCAAUGUUCAUAAAGUAAACUCUCCCAUAACGAUCUGUGGAGAUAUUCAUGGACAAUUUUAUGAUCUCAUGAAAUUAUUUAAAGUUGGAGGAGAACCUCCAGAAACAAAUUAUAUUGAAUUAGAAAGAAUAAAAUUCUCUAUGGUCAACUAUUACUCUAUUUUUUGUAACGAAUAAAGAUAAUGCUCAAUCGCAUAAAUUUUUAAAUCUCUUAAUUAAUUAUAUAUAUUUUUAGGGGAUUUUGUGGAUCGUGGAUAUUUCAGUGUCGAAACUUGGCUACUUUUGUUAGCCUUUAAGGUGAAAUAUCCUGAUAGGAUGAUGCUAAUCAGAGGAAAUCAUGAGUCGCGACAGAUUACUCACUCCCCAAUUUAAACUGGAGCAAAAAUGUUCGUAAAAUUUCCAAUUUUAGGUAAUCAAGCAUCUUUAAAAAGGAGCUAAAUUCUAUUAUAGAUAAAAAUAAUAAUCUCUCUUAAAAAGCUUCAAUAUAGCCUAAGACAGGCUUUAGCUCAUCCUGAUUUAUACCCAAUUUAAUUUCCUUAAAUCAAAAUUUUAAAUAUUCUGGAUAUAUUUAGGGGGGUUAUAAGUAAAAUUGAUUUAAACAAAAACGAAAUGUUUGAUUAUAUAAAUAAAUUUUUCAUAGAAAUAUUAAAAAAAAAUUAUAUAAGAAAAUUUCUUAUUAAUUUGUUUUUCAAAAAAAAAUAACUUCGCUCCAAUUUAAAGGGAGGGGAGUCAGGUUUAUGGAUUUUAUGAUGAAUGCAUCAGAAAGUAUGGAAGUGCUAAUGUUUGGCGUUAUUGUACAGAAAUUUUCGAUUAUCUACCUUUAGGAGCACUUAUAGAUGGGAAGGUUUUCUGUGUUCAUGGCGGUUUGUCACCUUCUGUAAGCUCUUUGGAUGAGAUAAGAGCAAUUGAUAGAAAACAAGAAGUUCCUCAUGAUGGAGCAAUGUGCGAUUUGUUAUGGUCUGAUCCUGAAGAAAUUAAUGGAUGGGAAUUGUCACCGAGAGGGGCGGGCUAUGUUUUUGGAGGUAACAUAGUCAGAGAGUUUUGCAAACUUAACAAUAUAAAAAUGAUAGCAAGAGCUCACCAGCUAGUUAUGGAAGGCUAUAAAUGCAUGUUUGAAAAUAAACUUAUAACUGUGUGGUCAGCUCCUAAUUAUUGCUAUCGAUGUGGGAAUAUAGCAGCCAUUAUGCAGCUUGACUCAGAUCUUAACCAAAAUUUCAUAACUUUUGAAGCAGCACCUGAAGACGAAAGACAAGUACCAGCAAGAAAGCCAGCACCUGAAUAUUUCCUAUAG